CGCAAGAGUUUGCUCAGCUUGCUCGAAGGACGAGGAUAUGUCAAUCAGAUCGCAGGGGAUCGUGAUGCUCUUGACAGACUACUCCAAAAACGAAAAGUAGGCUUCUACGCCGGCAUCGAUCCGACCGCACCCUCACUCCAUCUGGGACAUUUGCUACCUUUGAUGGUCCUUUUCUGGCUCUACCGACACGGACAUCAUGUCGUCAGUCUUGUCGGUGGAGCAACGGCAAAGGUCGGCGACCCAAGCGGACGACUUACUUCUCGGGCUGCCGCUACAGAAUCCACGAUCGAUGCGAAUUUCCGGGCGCUGCAUGCACAGAUCGGAGGUGUCUGGGAGAAUGCAAUACAAUAUGGAAGAAGGCAUGGCGACAAGGCGGAAAAUGCCGGACGGAGAGAGCUAUUGAACAACGCUGCAUGGCUGGACAAGCUCAGUAUAUUGGACUUUUUGCGAAUCAUGGGCAAUGGCAUGAGGGUGGGCACCAUGCUAGGACGGGACACUGUCAAAAACAAGAUGGAGAAAGGCGACGGCAUGUCUUUUGCCGAGUUCACAUACCCGCUCCUCCAAGGAUGGGACUGGUGGCAGAUGUAUCAAGAGAAAGGCGUACAGAUCCAGAUCGGAGGAAGCGAUCAAUACGGCAAUAUCAUUGCCGGCAUGGACGCGGUCAAGUACAUCGCGCAGAGUGAAGCAGGCUCGGCGCAUAGCCAGGAAUGGUUAGAUACUGACGGCCGACUGAAGGACGAGCUGGUACCAAUGGGUCUAACAGUACCAUUGCUGACCACCUCAAGCGGCGAGAAGUUCGGCAAGAGUGCUGGCAAUGCGGUCUGGCUAGAUCGGGACCUCACAUCUUCGUUCGAUUUAUAUGGUUUCCUCCUCCGCUCUUCAGACGCCGACGUGAGACGAUAUCUGAAAUUGUUCACGUUUGUGCCGGUCGAGGAGAUAGACGACCUCAUGAUUGAGCACGCAGCCGAUCCCGGGAAACGCAAAGCGCAGCACCUCCUGGCCAGCGAAGUCCUGGAGCUGGUCCAUGGUCCAGAAGAAGCUGUAAAGACUCGAGCCGAGCACCAAUCCAUGCGGAAGCCGACUCUGGGAUCUCUUGCUAGUAGCAGUGCCGAUGCCGCAAGUGAUCAAUCCGCUUCAGGCGCUCAAGCUGCCCAGCGAACACGGCUACCCAAGUCGCUGGUGUAUAACACCCCCUUUGGACGCAUUUUCUAUCACGCUGGUCUCGUCAGCACCAAGUCCGAAGGUGCUCGACUAGUGACGAAAGGAGGAGCAUAUGUUGCUACUCCCGGCGAGCAGUCAGCCGACCAAUCUGGCGGUCUGAACUUUGUGCAAGUCAAGGAUCAACAGCCAGCGGAAAUCGAAGGUCUCGUUAUGGGAGGAUUGUUGGUCCUACGGCUGGGCAAGUGGAAAGUGAGGGUGAUUGAAGUUGUUGACGAUGCGGAUUAUGAGAGCAGUGGGCAAAGUGCUCCGGGUUGG